AAUAUGAAAUAAACCAGCAACUAAUUAACUCCUUACUGCAUAACAAUGGCAUUCUCAGUUUCAACAACAACUAAUUAUUUCAACUGUCACAGCUCUUUAAAUCUACCCUCAUCGCCGUUCAAGCUCCCUCCGUUCUGGCCAUGGCAAAAGGUGAAGAUGGGUCCGAUGAGUGUGUCUCCGAUGGGGUUUGGGACAUGGGCAUGGGGUAACCAGCUUCUUUGGGGUUAUGAUGAAUCAAUGGACUCUGAUCUUCAACGGACUUUUAAUUUCGCUGUGGAGAAUGGGAUUAAUUUGUUUGAUACUGCUGAUUCUUAUGGGACUGGUCGGUUUAAUGGCCAGAGUGAGAAGCUUCUCGGCAAGUUCAUUCGUGAAUUUCCUGAAAAGAAGACGCGAAAUAACAUUGUCAUCGCCACAAAGUUUGCUGCAUAUCCAUGGCGUGUAACACCAGGGCAAUUUGUUAAAGCUUGCAGGGGUUCGUUGGAAAGACUGCAAGUAGAGCAAAUAGGCAUAGGCCAGUUACAUUGGUCUACUGCAAAUUAUGCUCCUCCCCAAGAAUUAGCUCUCUGGGAUGGUUUAGUGGCAAUGUAUGACGAGGGUUUAGUUCAAGCAGUUGGAGUGAGCAAUUACGGACCAAAGCAGCUCGUAAAGAUACACGAUUAUCUCAAAGCUCGAGGAGUACCCCUAUGUUCAGCACAGGUGCAAUUUUCUUUGCUAAGCAAUGGAAAAGAUCAGAUGGAAAUCAAGAAAAUAUGCGACUCUUUAGGAAUCCGCUUGAUUGCUUACAGCCCUCUCGGACUUGGAUUGCUUACCGGCAAAUAUACAUCAUCCGCACUACCUCAAGGGCCUAGGGGCCUGCUAUUCAGGCAAAUUCUUCCUGGAUUGGAGCCUUUACUAAGAUCACUAAGCGAAAUUGCGGAAAAAAGGCGUAAAACCGUGCCUCAGGUGGCUAUAAACUGGUGUAUUUGUAAUGGUGCUAUACCAAUACCUGGAGUCAAGACAAUCAAACAAGCAGAGGAGAAUCUGGGUGCGGUUGGAUGGCGACUGAGUUCAGACGAGUUGCUUCAGUUAGAAUAUGCAGCUAGUGAAUCUCCCCAGAAAAUGAUCCAAAACAUAUUUCAAACCAGGUGACUUUGGGUGAAAGUGAAACAUGGAUCAUACAAGAUUGGAAGACAGCUGAUGUAGAGAUUGUAAAUGAUAAAGUUUUACAAUUUUAGGAGAUAAACAUUUACGUGACUGAAACUUCAUUUAGAAGCAAUAUCAAAUAACAAGAAAGAGCUUGAGAAAUUCGGCAUGGACGGAGCCCAAACAUUACCAUCAUAUUAAGAGUGAGACCAUAUUUGUUGAUUUUCUUAAA